UAUUACAUCAAUUGGUAUCAGAGCAUGGCAGAGAAUGAGUCACAGUGGCCGCCACCUCCACCUGAUCCAAUGGCAAAAGUCAUUGAGAUGCUUCAACAGCUCUCUACUGGACAGAAGAUCAUAAGUGCGAGGUUGCAAUCACUUGAGAAUCAAAGUACUACUCCAAUAUGAGGUAGCAAUGUACCAUUCGAAAGGGAGGACAGGUAUCAACUACAAUCUGCUGUGCAUCGUCAACAUAGGAGAAGUGCUGAAAGGGCACAACAAAGAACCCCUACAGCACCACCUACCUUUGAGGAGCAUGUAAGAUCUUAUUUCAAUGGUGAUCUUGAAGCACCCCGUCGACGUGCUGAUGAAUCACAGAAGGUCAAGCUUGAAUUAAAGGAGUUCAGCGACAAGCAUGAUUCCCAGGUAUUUUUUGAUUGGUUGGUUACUUUAGAUAACUACUUUGACCGGUUUGAAUUAUCUGAGUCGCACAAGAUGAACCUAGCGCAUACUAAGCUAGUUGGGUCAGCCCGCGAGUGGUGGAGAACCAAAGAAAAGGAUCUAAAAGAUCAUGGUAGAUCUCCCAUUACUUGGGAAGAAAUGAAGUACGAGUUGGCGGGCAUGUGCCUAUCUAAACAUGAACGAAGAAUGUACUUCCCUCCACCCGAGUCCCCUUUAAAGUCUUCUUUAGAUUUCCAAAAACCACCCACUGGUGACAAGAGCAUGAAAGAAUUAACAGACCACAUGGCCAUUCUUGUACAAUAUGCAAAGGAGCAACAUGAGAAGACACCUCCCAUCACCGAACCAAAGUCAGAAGUUGAGGUUAGUGUGGAAGAAAUUCCAACAAUUUCUACUGUCAAAGAGGGGUUAGACAAUGAUGAUCCCAUCAUUGAGACUUAUGUGGAAGAAAUCGACAUUGAAGACAUUGUUCUUGAAAAGUUGGAGCUUAUCCCUCAAGUCUUUGCCAAGGAGAUUACCAAUGUUGAGGACUCUAUGGAUUCAACAUUCACUACCUAUAUUGAUUCAGAGGAUGAUCAUGUAGAGUUCAUUAUGCCACCAUGGUUCUUUGAAGAGAAAACUCCACACAUUAAAGACUUUAUCCCCAACGUUCCUACAUCACUCGAGUUUUGUUUGGGAAUGGUUAAAGCUGCUACUCACAUGUGGUUUCCCCCUCAUCACUACAAAAUUCGAGGGCGAAUUUUUUCAAGCUGGGGAGAGUUGAUGCAGAUUUAUCACCAAAUUGGGCUUGUUUUCUUAGGAAUAAGUCUAUGGUUGGGUUGUAUGCAUGUUGGGCCUUUGGUCCAAGGGUUUUUUAAUGUAAUAGGCCACUUUAAUAGUUUAAUUAGUUACUAUGGUUUACAUGUUUUGGUCUAG